UUUUUUUUUGGUUUUAAUCCCAUGUCUAUAUUGUAUAUAUCUACGCAGCUUUGCAAGUGGAGCUGGUGGAAAACUCUUGUCAGUGGAGAGGAGAUGGCUGCAAGAUGUCUUCCAUAUGUUUGUUUUAUUGUACUACUCAUCUUGUUGCGUAUUUGCAUGGAAGCACAAGCUGGCCUGCUAGGGCCUACUCCUGAUGAGGAAGUGGAAGCCCUUGGUGAAAUAGCUAGAAAAUUAGGGAAAAAGGACUGGAAGUUCAGCAAAGAUCCAUGCCUUAAUGACAGUACAAGCUCGUACAAUAAUAGUGUCAGCUGCAAUUGUCACUACCCUGGAGGUGUUUGUCACAUAGAACUCAUAAAACUUAGUGGGGAGGAUCUUGCUGGUAUACUUCCAUCAGCUCUGGUGCAGCUACCAUACCUGAAGCAUAUGUCCUUCACUGGGAACAACUUGUCAGGACCAAUUCCAAACUACUUGGGAAACAUAACCACUCUUGAAUAUUUGAGCAUAGAGAACAAUCUGUUUUCUGGAACUGUUCCACCUGAGCUUGGAAAUUUGGAUAACUUGGAGACUCUGAUUCUUAGUGCUAACAAUCUAAUAGGAGAGUUGCCCGCGACUCUCACCCGCCUAAACAAAUUAAGAGAAUUGAUUUGCGGUAACAACUUCACACGAAAGUUGCCAGAUUUUUUCCGAAGUUGGAAGCAACUUGAGAAAUUAGAGACCCAAGGUAGCGGUCUCAAUGGGCCAAUCCCAGCUAGCAUAUCUGUCUUGAAAGAUUUAACUGAUCUAAGGAUCAGUGACCUGCAUGGAGAAGGUUCAGACUUUCUGCCUUUAAUGAACAUGAGACACAUGAAGGAAUUAAAAUUGAGCAGCUGUAACAUCUCUGGAGAAAUCCCUGCAUAUAUACCAAAUAUGACACAUCUUGGAAAACUGGAUCUCAGUUUCAACAGAUUGGAAAAGGAAAUUCCAGAAUUCGAAGGUCUAAAAAAUUUGACGAACAUGUAUCUAACAAGCAACUUGCUUACUGGGGACAUUCCAAACUGGAUCAGGAACAGUAAUCAGUAUGAUUUUUGUACUAAAAUUUUUCAAAAUUUUGCAAGAGGUUUAUUUUCACUUCUGUAUUUUCUUUAGGCUGCAGGGGAAAUUACAUUAGAAGAAUGUGUUUGUUUGUGAACAUAGAUCUUUCUUACAAUAAUCUCACUCGAAGCCUCACAUAUACUUGCACAGGAACAAUUCUGAAUUUGUUUAAAAGCUUUCAUGGACGGGAAAACUCAACACUCGGUGAGUGCCCAAACGACAACCAAUGUUCAGAAGGUAAUAUAAAUUUACACAUCUCUUUGAAUCUAAUUAUGAUUUGAUGCUUCAAUUUUGUUGGACCUUCUUUUUGAUAAUUUCAAAUGGGAGACAAAGCCCAUUUAAUAUUCAAAUUAUAAAUUUUAAUAAAACAUGUAACAUUAUUUUUGUUCCAUUAUGUUAUUUUGUAGCAGAAUAUCAUUAACAUGC